AUGGCUGCUGAUCCUCGACCUCGGCCCGCAUCCAUGUCGGCCACGACGGCGGCUGCCUCCCCUGCCGUGCCGUGCGCCGGCUCCCGGCCCCCCGCUGCUUCAGCACCCGCCGCCGCUCUAGCCGCGGCCGCCCUCGCCUCCCGCCGCUCUGACCCAACCAUUCAUGGGAGGAGGGUGUCCCGCGCGCUCCUCACCAAGGAGGCGACGACGUCCACGACUUCAACCUCGCCCUUGGCUCCGGCUCCACUUGCUGCUGCCGCCUCCAUCAUUCCACCGACGGCACCGGCGGCGCCCCACUCCGGGUCGUCCCCGGCCCCAGCACCGAAGAGCCGCACUCCAACUCGUCGCCUGUAG